UUUAUGCUAACCGCUGUUUACCUGGAGAGAAGCUGAAGUGACAACAUUGUUCUCACUGAGUCAGAAGUUUUCUGGACUUUUUCUGCAGACUUGGAUCCUCUUGGCAAGUUAAAUGUUUUAAAUAAAGAAAACACCACACAUGGGCUUGGAGUUUCCUAAAAACUGAACACUGAUUCUGAUUUGAAGCAUUAAAUACUGAAUUAGCUGUGAGCUACAGUAAGUUUAGCAUGUCUAGGGCAACCGUUUAAAUAACUGCUUCUUUAUGUUUAUGUCAAAACUUACUUUGCAGGAACAUGGAAAUACAAUGUAAGUUUUUAACAGAUCUGUUUACAUAUAAAAAUGUGUUACAUUUCUUUUCUUUAACAAAUAUUUGGUUUGGUUUAUUUUAUGUUGCUAAGAAUUAGUAAAAGUGUACAUGAUGAAGAAUAUGACUUGAUGUUUCCCAGAGGUCACAGUAGGUCUGCUUUAUGCUCACUGUUCACUAACUUGGUAUUUUUUACUCCAGUUCCCCGCCGUUAGCUCCAUCCUUUUCACCUGUUCAUAUUUUGAGCAGGUGAUGCAUUUCGCCAUUCUUUCCCCGAACCCUCCCGAGGCUCUGAGAGCUCUAAAAUCCCUUUGACAAAAGCAUUUGUAAGCAUCAAAGUCUCUUCGACAAAAUAAACCCAGAAAGAAUGUUUUAUCAGAGCACCAAAGAGGGUUAGUGUAGUUUUUCGCGGGGUUAACCAUCUCCAAAUGGUCGGGGUGGCAGAUUAGAAGUGAAGGGCGUGCUCCUGGGCGAGAGAGGGGAGAGUGGAUGAGAGAGCGGCCCUAAUGCGGCAUCUCAUUACAACCUCUGUCAGGAUCCCUCUAUUCUACCAUCAUCUCCCCUUAACUUGGUAAAAGCCCAACUGUCGCUUCGAGUCCACCUCCUGGUCGCCGUGGAUAGGUUCUGGCAGGUUCAGGCCCUCUGUUUUUCUCCCAGGACCUUUGGAAUCAGAAGAUUAAGAUCCAGCACAUGAGUUGUGACUUUAUGGCCUACAGGAAGGUGUGUGAUGCCCAGGCGGGGCCACUGGAUGGAGAGGUUCUGCGCUGCUCUGGAUCCCUGGAACUCGACUGGGACCUGGACAAGGAGGAGCUGCAGGAAGCAGGGCCAAGCAGCGAGCGCACGCAGAUGCAGCAUGGCGACUGCCAGAGAUCAGGUUGUUCAGACCCUGGUCCUGACCCGGAGUUCAUGGAACCCAUCCAGAAUUCCGUCUCAGUUUCACCUCAUGGACGCUUUGAAAGACUCCAAGAGGAUCCCAACUACAUCUCUCACUUCACCAGGACGACUGGCCACAAAGGUCAAAGGCGACUUCACUGUUUCAUACUCAGAUACUUCCUUGCCGGGGUGGGAAUUUUUGUCCUUGGUAUCCUCGUUGGCUGGUUCAUCCACACUUCUUCGAAACGUCCAACUGCUCCUCCACCUGAAAGCUUGGACCUGCUUGAAGAGCUGCUCAGAGGAAUCAAAGCUGACAAGAUAGAUGCUCUCCAAAAGUCUUUCUCCAGCCUGGCAGGCGACAGUGAGGAGUCCAGGGCCAGGUACCUGUACAGGCAGUGGGUCGGACUUGGCCUGACUGAUGUCCACCUGUACAAUCACACGGUUCUGCUCAGCUUGCCUGGCUCCACUCCAAACACCAUCACCGACAGAUCCAGCCACCAGUGCUUUCUUCCCCACGGGACCCCGUGUGACCAGCGGGGGCCCACUGACCUGCUGAAGCAGCAGUUCUACUACGCAGCCUACUCUGCAGUAGGCAGCGUUCAGGGAGAGGUGGUGGAUGUCCAGUAUGCCAGUGUGGAAGACUUGAGAAGAGCCAAAGACUCCCUGAACCUCACUAACCAGAUUGCUGUGGUCAAGCUUGGUCAAGCUCCCUUAUUAUAUAAGCUGUCUCUGUUAUCUGACUUCGGUUUUCGAGGCGUUCUUCUCUACAUCGAUCCCUGUGACGCGCCGCCUGGCCGAAACAUCUGGCACGAAGCUUUCAGAGUCACUUUAAAUCCUGGAGGAAACCCUUCCUUUGCUGGGUCUGGAGGGAGUCUCACAUCCCUACUGGUUCAGCCCAUCUCCGCCUUCCUUGCCAAGUCUUUAUUGUCGUCGCCAUCAGUGGGACAGGGAGCAGAUGCCUGCACUCUUUUAUCCAUGCCUCCCAACACAGAGCGAAAGAAGAUUACUGUGACUAUUGGAAACCAGAUGUCCUACAAGAAGAUUUACAACGUAGUUGGAUACCUGAAAGGAAGAAAAAACCCAGAUCGCCACGUUCUGGUUGGUAGUCGUCAUGACAGCAACCAGGGAGGUGGGACUUCGGCCAUUAUGACUCAACUCAUCGCAGCGCUAACAGAGCAGACCAAACAGGGAUGGGUGCCGGACCGUACCACUGUGUUCUGCUCAUGGGGAGGCACAGCUCUGGGGAACAUUGGGUCCUACGAGUGGGGAAAGGAUAACAGUGUCGUCCUUCAGAGCAGUGCUGUGGCCUAUGUGAGUCUGAACUCUCCAGUUCAAGGGACGGAGACUCUUCAAGCUACAGCAUCUCCAACCCUGCUGCAACUGACCUCCGAUAUACAAAGAAGACAGUUGCUGAGUUGCAUCCGUGGAGGAAACUGUCCUGGACCCAACGUGAGUUCCUUUCAGCUGCCUGGAGAUGUGAGUUUCUUUGCCAAUGAGCUGGCUGUUCCUACCGUGGAAUUCGCCUUUGAGCAGACCAAAGCAGGGAGUACAGAGACCACCAGUUUCCUGUCAGAGGCCCAAUUCUCUGCAAAGUCGCCAGAAACACUCGACCCAUUGUUCAAGUUCCACGAAACCAUUGCAAAGAUGACAGCCGAAGCCAUUCUGCGCCUGGUCAGUGACCCUGUGCUGCCUUUCUACCCUCUGGACAUUGUGUUGGAUGUUCAAAACAAACUUAAAGAUAAGAAUGCGGUAUCGCCUCCCCUGCUGUCCUCAGCCUCCACUCUCAGAGACCACGCGGCGUUCUUCCAGUCUGAAGCCAUGCGACCGGCAAAUGACCCCAAAGAGCGUGACCCCUCCCACGUACGCAUGCUGAACGACGUGCUCCGUGAUCUGGAAAAAAGCUUCAUCAUGCCACAGACACCGGCCGGAGUGUUCAGAAAUUUACUUUACAGCCUUCCAGGAAAAACUCCCCAGUUCUCCAUCCUCAGGUUCUCCCCGGAUGUGGUUCUGCACUGCAGCGUGACGAGCAAAGUGGCCAAGCACUACGUUCUAAACAAAGACACCUUCUGCCACAGCGCCAAGAACCAGUCCCUGUCUCUGAUCCUCAGGGCGCUGCGCUCAGCCGAGAGGCUGGUUGGCUUCGGGUUGGACCUGUUCCAGAAUUACCCAGGCGCCACCAAAUGAUUCUGAUGCAGAUAUAAAGAGCACCUCCUCUAACAAUGUCAAAAAUCACUCUGAGGUUCAAGAAAGAAUGAAAUUUGCAGUUUCACCUACUUUUUUUAAUCCAAAUCGUGCAAAAACAGAUUAAAAAAAUGUAUGAAUGUAUCAGAUCUAACUUGUUGCACACCUGCUAUUUGAUAUGCAAAUGAUACAGAAAAGUGGGUCUGCUUAAAUUGCACUAAUCUGUCUUCCAACGAGUUUGAACCAAAAGGUGAAUGGCUAUAUGUUACUUUACCUGAUUUUCCUCUUAACACUUGCUCCACAUGAUGUGGAAGUUUCUUUCCUUUUCACUAAACAAAUUCCAGCACUAAAUUU